AUGCCCAAAAACACAAAAUCGUCGGCAUCGUCGGCGACCCGGAAGAAGCAGGCGCAAAAGGCAGCCAAGAAAGCAGGCGGCGAUCCUGCAGAGGCGGCCGGGGCCUCUUCGUCGUCGGCAGCAACGGCCAAGCAGCCGGCACAACGAGGGCAAAAGAAGGACAAGAAGACCAAGAAGAAUGAGCCAAAGAAGAAAGUCUACAUUCCCCCUUCCAAGCCUCAGCAGGCCGUCUUGGAUCCGCUCGACAGCCUCGGCCUCGCCACGCUGCUGCCCAGCGAUCUCGUCGUGCUACUCAGAAAGGCCUCAAAGAAGGACGUUGUGACAAGAACAAGAGCUUUGGAAGGGUUCGCAGACUGGAUCAGAGAUGUAUCGCUGUCGCAAGAAGAAAGAGACAGUGCCCUCAUCAUCGCGCUUCCCUCGUGGGCCCACCUCUUCCCGCGGCUGUCUGCUUCGCCCAACCGCAGGCUCCGACUACUGACCGCACAGAUCCACCAGGAACUCCUUGACAAUGCUGCCAUCUGUGCCGAACUCUUUGCCCAGCCCCAACUCGUUGAUUCAAUCCUGGCCUCGACGUUGAUUAUGGCCUUUGAUCCCGACCGCAUCGUCUCGCGCCUGGGCCGAGCCACUGUCGAACGACACAUCAGCAUGGAGCAAGAUGAGCCAAGAGCAGACAUUGUAGCCCUGGACGAUUACAUGGAUUCGAUCGUGUCACUCGUUGGCGACCACCUGCUCCAUCCUCACUCCCUGCUGGGACCUUGGGCCUCUACCUCGAAUGGCAAUACGCCAGGGACACAGACGCCUACUACGGAGAACGGCAAUCCGCUGAGAGAUGCAAAGAACAGGGAUGACGUCAAUGUAGAAGAGGAUCCGGAGGGGACAGACGCCAGGCUGGUCUUCUCGAGCUUAGGUGUGCUUGGGUACUUGAUCGCCUCGCUGCGGGCAAGAUCCAAGGAGGUCCCCGAGUCCAUCAGUGCCCUUAUUGAGUCUCAGACAACGUGGACAGCGCUCAAUCCCGAUGCGCAGUCAGAAGACGACGAGCGCAGACAGCUGGGCGUCUUGUCACCGAUCGUACGGACCGCCGCUUGGCAGCUUCUCAAGACGCUCACGUCUGCCUGGCCAGAGGGUCUCGAUCUUUGCCUGCCCAUCGCUGGACCACGCGCGCUGAAUGCGACUUGGAAGGAGAAGGACGCAGGAGUCGUGCCUCUGUUGAGGGAGAGCCUAGUGUCGCUGCUGCGUGCUCGGCCAGGGGUGUGGGCCAUGUCAUCGGACAAACGUCUGGACAACGACGAAGAAGACGAGGAUGAGGACGAGAACGGGAUCGAGAACGAUGGCGAUCUUUCCGACGACGAGGCUGAGGAAGAGGAGGAAGAAGCAAAAGAGCAAGAGACAAAGGCGACCUUUUACCACGGCUUCCUGGACUAUCUCUCCUCCGCCCUUCAGGGCGUAUCGACGUCAUAUCCCAUCGUCAUCAUCCUCCUUUCCACACUGCCUGCCGACCUCUUCCGACCCACUGCAGCAUUUGCCAACGAGCUUCUAGCUGCCUUUUACAGACCAGUCGAUGAGCGGACACUCGAAGGCAGAGAAGCACUGCGAUCCUUCCUUCCAGCGUUCUGCGAAUGCCUCGUCUGGAUUUCCGCUCGCAUCGCUCGGAGAGGCCAAGCAUCGGAUGAAGAUUUGCUCGAGGCAGAGAGUGUGGUCAAGGAGAACCUCUUGGUAUUCUGGAAAGACUUUGUCGGUACGCCCUCUGGCGAGUCAACCACUGCGGAAGAUGCAGCCCUGAGGUCAUCGCGCACCAGGCUCAUCGGAAAUGAUGCCGUGGUGAGAGAAGUGAGCGGACUGCUCCGAAGACUGGCGAAUGUCGAUUCAAAGCUCGCCGCCCAGGUGCUCGACCUGAGUCGAAGAACGUUGAGCGCAUCCAUCUUAGAGGGUGCGGAUGCCGGCGACAAGGACGAGGACGUCAUUGAUCGAACGAUUGCCAUCCUCGGAGCAGCUGCUCACGGCGGCUCCACUGCCUCUGAACACCUCAGAUAUGCGAUUACAGACCUGGCCAGAGAUGUGAGCGGCACAACUGCCAACCUUCUCGUUGCUAAAGAUGAGAGCGAUGAUGCAGAAGAACAAAAGCGUUCGCUUCUCGUCAUCUCGCGCCUUCUGGCUACCUUUCCCGCCGCGCACAAAGAAGAGCCGAUCCGCCGUGCCAUUGGGCUUGUCGUCGAGCAGCUUGUGGGACGUAGUGCAAAGCUGAGCCUUCUUUCUUCGCCACGCGUCGCCGACUUGCUGGUAUCCUAUCUGUUCCUUGUCGAAUCACGACAGGAGAAGAGAAAGAGAUUGCAGGAGAUACUCAAGGCACUCGUGGUCCCCAAUGCUACGGUCGACAUCGACCUGUUUUCCCAGACAGACCGGGCCCUGAGACUAGCAUUUCCAACUUCAGACGACGAAGAGGAUAUCAUGUCGCCGCCUAGCGAAGCAAGUGAGCUAGACGUGAAGGUCGAGAAGCUGCUGCUAGAGGCGCUCGAAGGAGACACUCCUGUCGACACGACGACACAAACAAUUCUGGCUCGCUUACUCGACCAUCCCGGUCCCUAUAUCCUGCAAGAAACGGCCAUGCAGAUGCUGCAUACAGUCGUGUCCAGCCUCGACCAAAGCUAUCGAAGUCUCUGGCUGCUUGCUGCUUGGCUCCGGUCUUCUCCUUCGCAGCGAGGACUACAGUGUAUCAAGGACGAGACCCUGAGGCCCGUCGCGUCCGCAGCUUUCUCGGUGGCUUACCUGGGAACGUCAGAAGGAAAAGAGAUCGAUCGAGGAGUCGCCAGGGGGAUGUGGAAAGAGAUCCACACUUCCGCGCCAGAAGAGGCGAGAGAUCUCGUCACAAAGUCGCUUCGAACUUCCGUACUCGAUGUCAGCAUCAACUUGCAGCAGGUCAUCUCCGGUUGUCGAGCCGCGUUUCAAGGCGCCCAGCUUCAGUCUAUUCUACCUGAACAAAAGGGGUUGAGAGAGCUCCUGCAAAAGUGUGCUCUGGAUCCAUCUCCUUCAUUGGCGAUCGUCGAUCCUCUUGUACCUUUCACCGGCUCCGGUCAGCGAAGCCAUUACGAUGACCAGGGGCUUAGCGCAUUGGCUCGUUGCGGUGUAACCAUGCUCACGGCAUUCGAAGAGGACGGGUUACUGGCGAGAAGAAGCGCAUCAUCACUACCAAGCCUUCUGGCGUUCGCCAUUGCGGCUGAAGAUUCGCUCCUGCAGCCCGGCUCUGCGCUCAGCCACUUUUCGGCGGAGGCUGACCAAGCCGCGCUUCGGCGCUGGGUGCCUGCAGCAGUUGAAGUGGCCACGUCGAUCCUAUCAGCCAGCGCUGGGCAGGUAGACGAACAGUGGCACGUACAAGCAAUCGAAAGCCUCCAGAAAGGUCUGGAGAUCGAAAAUGAUGCGCUGUUGACGUCACUGUCGUUUGCCUGGCAUUUGGCCGGUCACGAAACGACGUCGUCGAUGGGUACGCGCAUCUUCUCCCGCCUCUUCGCAGGUGUUCUUGCCUUUAGCGGUGCAGGCGAGGACGACGCCAAGCGGUGGCUGCGUUUGGGUCAGAUAUCGCAGGAGAGUCGACCGAGGUUGAGUGAGGCGAUUCUCAUCAACGUAAAAGACCUUGUCGAAGAGAGCCGCGAGUACGACCGAAUGCGAAAUGAGAUUGCCGCUCGACUGGCUGGCACGCCGCCAGAGAAGGCUGCCGCAUCUGGACUACGAGAUCUUCGCCUGCUCGUUGCUGCUGCUCCAGACGUUGACUCGACAGUGAUGUUGAUUCCUCAACAGAGGGCCAUCAUGCUGUUAAAGACCUUCCAAAGAUGGGUUGCCAGCGACGAGGCAGACGACUUUGACGAUGAGGUGCAUGCGCGCAUGGCUCAAGUCUUCACUCAUGUCCUUCCGAUCGUACAAGAGAUGGCAGGAAGCCAUUUGGACCUGUGCUUUGACCUCGUUGAGGCCAAUCUGGACGGCCGCGAUCUAUUCGACAUGAGUCAAUUGCCGCUCAUUCAUUCUUCUCUCGUCCUGCUCGACACUCUGCGAACACUAUCCGCCCAGAGCGAGACGUUGCGAGAAGUCUGGAAGCAAAGGCGAGCGGCAAUUUACGAAGUCGUUCGAGGCCUCUUUCUGUCUCUCGCCAAGGUCACUGCCGUAUCGGGAUCAGAGGACGGGGAGAAGGCUGUAUCUGUUCCGCAAGAGGUCAGCUUCACCAUUCUGAGCGACUUUGUCCGCCUUAUGCCGCCAAAGGCGUUUCAGUCUUCUGAAGACGUUGAGGAACUCUGCAAGAUCAUCGAGAGGGGACCUUCGCCAGAUCUGCAAGUGACUGCGUACAGACUCCUGGGCCACAGUAUCCGAGAGCGGGUCAAGGAACUUGUCAUUGAGGCAGCGGUGGGAUCCAAGCAGCAGGAAGAAGCGGGGGCAAACGAAGAUGCAACACCGAUACCAACAGCACCACCAGUCAAGGUUGAUUUCAUGGGGAACCUUGCCGCCAUGGCCAGCUGGCCGCCGCAACACAACAGCAGCUUCACUUUCCUUCUGGCCUGGCUGGCAUUGCUCGAUCACUUUGAGGAAGCUUCGUUGCAGCUCAAGGCGACGUUUGCAGGCUUGCUCCAGGAGAGAGAAGCUAUAGCCAGUAGCCUCUUGCCGGCAAUGCUCGACCUCACGAUGACGGCUUCAGCUGAGGUGACAAACCCGCCAUUCGAUCCCAGCAAGUGGUCCAUCGACGAAGUCUUUCUUGACGAGAUUGAUUCAAAGAGCCCAAACGCUAUUCGCCUCUUUGCGACGCACAUCUACUUCCGAUGUCUUGUGCACGUACCGAACCUCGUUCGCGAAUCGUGGUACUCGCUCCGGGACCGCCAACAGUCCUUGUUCUUGCGCAACUUGACAUCGAGGCACUGCUCGCCCCUGCUCUCCCUUCGAGAGCUGGCCCACCUCCGUGAUCCGUCUACGCUGAAGCGCAUUGAAGACGAAAGCAUGUCGGUCCGGGUUCUGGCAAACGAGGUCGUAGCGACUUACACGGUCGACGAAUAUCCCCUCGAGAUCGCCAUCAGCAUUCCCAAUGACUAUCCCCUACGGUCCGUCGAGGUCAAAGACCUUAAACGCGUUGGUGUGAGCGAAUCCACCUGGCGAGCCUGGAUCCUGGCCGUUCGUCAGCUCAUUGCGGGAAAGAAUGGGCUGGUGUUCGAUGCACUCAUGCUCUUCAAGUCAAACGUCGAAGCAAAGUUCUCGGGCUUUGACGAAGAUUCUACUUGCGCCGUCUGCUACUCGAUCGUCAGUCCCACGGAUCGAUCACUGCCGACGAAGCCCUGCAAGACGUGCAAAAAGAAGUUCCAUUCGAGCUGCUUGUACAAGUGGGUCUCUACCUCUGGGUCAUCUACGUGCCCCCUCUGUCGAUCGAUUCUAUAA